GCAGGCGGGUGAUCAACUCAGAUGAACACUUUAUUUUAAAGCGGGCUGUUUAUAGCUGUUUGCCGUGGUUCCCAGUAGGUUAUGACACACAUAUAAUCUUGUCUUCACUUUAUCGUCGAAAAUUGCACUACUGUGGUUUUGGUGUGGAACACUUACCAUGUUUUUAGAUCCACGAUUUUUACUGGUUAUUCCACUUUAUUAAACAAGUGACACGGUGGUGAUCAAUGUUUGUUUGGUGAACCUGUGAUUACAUUCUGGUUCAUAGCAAGGGAAGUAAAGGAAAACAGUAGUAGAGCAGUAAAACUACUCAUUACGUGGACCACUGUUCCUGGUCGACUAGACACGUGCCAUUAUUAUCCAACUGAUUCGUUUGGAGUCUCAGACCGUAGUGCGUAAUUAUAAAGCUGAUUAUUAUGCUGCACAACUGGAUUCAGUUAAUUGCUCUUCAGUGGCGUCGAUCAAAUCUUAAAUUUUACCGAGUUAGCUACAAGACGGUUUAAACCUAUUUGCGACUCAACGUUUACGAUCGUCUAAAUGUUUUGCGAAACGGAUUUCUGAAACAUGUACAAAUGUUUCUUAUGUCAUCGUCUUAUUUUAUAGUUAGUUUGCCGACUAAUAUUAAUAACUAAGGUCCCAGAUUUUCAUUGUUUCGUUGUAUGUACAUACUUCAGCAUUGUUUAACCUGAACACCAUUGAAAAUACAACAUUUUACGAUCGCGCAACCACGCUCCUUUAGUUUCGUGAUUUCAUUGUUUUGUCUAUUUACUUUCUUAACGAUGUCAUACUAGCUUCUUAAGCACUAGCCAUAAGCUUAAAUCAUUCUAGUGUCAACCGAUGUCAAAUGUUUGAACCUCCAUUUGGUUUCGUUAGCCAGGUAGUACUACUAGUCUUUACAUAUACUGCGUUUUGGAGGGCGAGUGCAAAAAAGGAUAUUUAGUAGUUAUAUUGGCAUAUCUAUUUUAAAAGCAAAAUAGACUGCUAGUGUUAGCAUGGUUUACUGUUAGAGUUACCUUGAAAGUGAACUUUGUCUGAACAAUGUUGGCUUCAUAGUUAUAUGCUGUUAAUUAAUUCACAUUUCUAACUUGUUUAUCUGUUUGAACCAUUGAGGCGUAAACAUAAGUGUCUUAUAAUUACCUACAAGUAUUACGCUUCUAGCACACUACAUAAAAGCUGUUUUUCACAACUCUCGUGUUAUCCUAAUUUUCAGUGAUAACCAUCUAUGUAAUAUAUAUGUAAGAAAGUAUCAGUGAACUUUAUCCAGCUUUUUAAGCCUCAAAAAAAUAUUAAGUCGUGCCUUGUCCUGUAAAUAGUUCUUUAUGGAUGUAUAAAUCGUCUCUUGAGAAACAGUUUCGUCAACCAGAUGUGUAAACCCCUCCCAGCUUUACAUGGUUCACUGUAGUUCUAACUUCACUAAAGUAGUUAGGGAUCAAAAGUCUUUCUUAUCGAAUAGGCUGGUCUAACUGAAUAAAUCAAUCAUGCAUCCUCACUUUAUUGAUUAUUCUAAUGCUUGACUACGUUGUAUCACUCACAGUGUUUUCCUUAAUCAUCGAAUAAAGUUGUUCAGUAACCUUUGAAUCGUAUAUUCUCUCAGUUAAAUUUGCAGGCUUCUUUUACUGAACUAAUCUACGGCUGAUGAAUUUCUUACCAAUCAUGGGACGAGAAAGUAUUCUCAUAUCAUUUGUUAAGGAUGUAUCUGUCAGAAAAUCAUUGAUUUUUAACCUAAGCUUUGUUAUUGUGGUAGGAUCCCAGUGCAGAACGUCACGAUUUAUUUUCUCUAGUUUAUAAUAAUUCAGAUUAUUUAUUGACUUAGUUGUAAUAAUUUUACUUUUCAUAAUUAAAAUGAUUCAUGUGACUAAACUAUAACAAUGGGAUCACAUCCAGUAUGUAUAUGCUCUGUAUAUUUGGCAAAGUAGCUGCUUAAAUAUUUAAGUCAUCUAACAUUCAGUCCAUAGAUUAGAUUUCCAAAUAACAACUUUUUGGUCGACUUGUCUAUUUCUUAUCUUCUUUUUCAAUGUGUUAUUAGAUAUACCAUUUAAUGAUUAAAACUUUUCGAGUCCUAAUUUUCUUGAGGUUAUGUGAUUUUCGUCUUCGUUUUGUGUCUUGGUUUAGAUACUUACAAAUGGACUUUUUGAAUUGGCUCACUGGGUGGAAAAGAGAUUCUAACGAUGAUAGUCAGUUAGACUUCUCGUUCCUAUUUCCUGCCACCAUUGGAGUAGGAUCAAUAGUCAUUUGUCUUGUUGCCCACUAUCGGAAUGAGUUAUUCGAUUUAAAAUCGACUAUAUUCCGAAAUACAAAGGAUGAAAACGUUUCUUCGCGUCGUGGCAACUCCUAUUCCAAUUUCAGGAAGAAGCCAAAGCAUUCCAACAAAUCUGAAUCAAAUGCUACUCAAAUUCGAAAAACGGAAGUUUCACAACCACUUGUAGUCGAGACACUAGCUCCAGUCUUACCUGUCCAACAAACAGAAUGCGCAUCAGUUCAGCCUAUUCAAAUUAAACAAGAAACAGUCAGCGAGGCAACAGAUGGAAUUGAGGCUGAGUUCUUUAACCCCAUUCCAAAGAAGCAGAAAAAGUCCAAACGUUCAUCUAAAACGAAAGACGCCCUAAACCAUGGUUUGAAUGAACAAACUGAGAUCGAUCCAGCAUGGGUUACGGUCACUUCAAAAAAGGUAAAACUUUCCAACCGCAACACUCAAAAGAAAAAGAACGUGGAUAGCGAAGGAGAUCAAUCAGUUUCGGAAAAUCACUCACCCAUUUCUUUUGCUGAGUCACCGAUCCAAAAUAAACAAGCAAACAAUAAGCAACAAGAGCUAUCCACUAGCAAUAAAUCUAGCUCCUCCAUUGUAGAAAAUAAGUCUAUGAAUUUGGAAUUAAACACAGAUCAAUCAUGUCCUACUAAGCGGUCGAAAGCUCCUGCCCAAACUCAACCCAUGAAAACUGAACAUAAUGAGAAUACAAAGUUGGGUACCGUAAAUUCGCAUACUUCAACACCUUAUGAAGAGUUGUUGUACAAAAAUCUUGGUGCUGAAACAGUAACAGCCAUUCGAUCACUGAUUCUGAAUAGCGAAACCCAUACUUCACGUCCUUCUGAAAUCCCUUCUUCAUGUGAUGAGAUGAGCAAGCAAAAAAUAUUGUCUGUGUCUCCCAAAAGUACGAAUAAUCUGCCCACAACAAGUGAACUUAUAUCACAGCAUAUGACAGCCCAGCUACAAGCGAAAGAAGCUGAAUGUCAGGUUUUGCGUACUGAAGUUGUCCAUUUAAGGGAUGAAGUAAAAAUACUGAAAACUCUAGCUCUUAAUCGUGUACCUGUCCAAAAGCCUAUGACUGACGCUGAAACGAUGACUGAUCCAAUUGAAUCACCGGAUAUUAAAUCCUCGCUUCCUCAGCAAUCGACCGAUUCAGAUGCAGUUCUACUGUCGACUCUUCAAAAUGAAAUUGCCCGUUUAGUUAAAGAAGUGGUUAUCUAUCAACAACGUAGUGAAAAUUUGAAAAGUCGUUUGGAUACAGCCAAUAAGAAAUUAUCCGAUUCAAAAUCUAAAGCUGCUGAUGAAACUAAAUUAUUACAACAAACUUUAGAUACACAAUCGGAGAAAUUAUACAGUCUAGAGUCUGAGAAUAGUCGUUUAGAAAAAGAAUUAAAAGAUGUAUUACAGAAAGCUGAAAUUCAUCAUCGAAAAUCUGAGGAGGCUGAACACAAACUCACACAGCGUUUGGAGGAACUAGAAGUACUCCGACUAGAUAUCUCAUCUUUCAGGAGCAAAUGUGAGGCACUGGAAAAUGGAAACUCUGUACUUCGGGGAGAGAAAGACAUUCUAACACUCAAAUUCGACGAAUUAAGCAAUAAACAUUCCAGUGUUCUGUCCGAAUUGUCUGCAUCUCAAUCACAAUGUAACGUACUUCGUAGACAAAUAAGUGAAUAUGAUGAUCGUCUACGUCAAAUAAAUGAUCAACAUCAAAUUGUUGUAGAUGAUAUGAAGAAUCAGUUAACAUCAUUAUUAUAUAACCAUGAAACAAAAGAAAAAUCACAUAUCAAUAUGAUAAAUACAUUAGAAGCUGAACUAGAAAAGUUAACCAAUGAAAAUAAUGAAUUAAAUAAAUCACUUAAACUACAUGAAAGUGAACUAGGACAUUUACGUACUGUUGAAAAAGUUACAGUAAUUCAAAGAACUAAUGAAGAUAAAUUUAUGCAAACUGUCGAUGAUAUUCAGAAUAAUGAUCCUCAAACUGAUGAUGGCAAGUCAAGCAGCAUUCAUUAUGAAACCAUUGUUAAAAUGAAUGAUCAUACAGGCCAAACAGAAUCGGAUCAAUUUAUUAUUAAGUCUAGUGAAUACAAAUCAUUACAAAGUCAAGUUGAUCAUUACAAGUCAGCGUUAGAUGCCACUGAAUCAAUGCUAUCUAAAUUACAAACGUCCGUGAAUGAAGAAGAAGCACGCUGGCACAAAGCAUUGGAUGCUGCAAAUAUUGAAAAUGAAUUGUUAAAAACGAAAUCAAUUAAACUUGAAGCUGCUUUGAAUGAAUUAAUAGAAGAUCGUAAUACUUUGACAACGACUAUCGAAGAGCUUCGUAAAAACAGAGAGUUUAACAAUUGUAAUCUGAUUGAAACUUCGACUGAUAAUUCUCUGACAACAUCCAUCAGUACGGAAAAGAAGUUGAACAAUUCGUCAUCCAUUUCACCGUCACCGUCCUCGCCAUUAUCAACAUCAGCGACAACAACUGAUGAUGCUGAUGAACAAAACAUGUCCAAAUCCGAAUUGAUACGCUUAGUUGCUAAAUUACGUAAUCUUGUUGAAGUGGAACGUAACGCAUUAAAACAAGAACAAUCAUUAUCAGCCGAGUUAAGAACAAAAUUAAACGAUACCGACUCACAUGAUGAUCAGAAUUAUAAUUAUUCAAAUAAUAAUUGUUCAGACGAGAACACGUGCUUAAUUAAUAGUCCUACAGAAACUAUAGAAAAUGCUAUAAACUAUCAUAAUAAUUCUGGUGAUGAUCAUUAUACCAAUACGAAAACUAAUUCUCUGCAUAUUCAUCCAAAAGGUGGUCUACUAGAAACUGAUGAUGUCAAAUCUGAACAAUUAAACAAUUGUUUUGAUGUAAUAUCAAAAAUUCCAGAUUGUAUUCCUCAACGUGAAAUAUCGUCGAAUGACAGUGGUUACAUUGUUCUAUCCAAUGGUAUACAUAAGGAAUUAAAUGGACAAGCCAAUCAUGAUCAAAUUGAUAGUAAUAAUGCUGAUGAUAAUAAUUAAUAUAAAACUGCAAUAUAAAUAUGAAUUUCUCUAUCUAUAUGUUUUUUUCUUUUCUGUUCCUCCGUUUCUGAACUUUUCUGUUUGUUGCUUUCUUUCUUUAUUGUGUUAAUUUCACUUACAGUCUUCUUUCAACUAAUGUUUUGCAAAUUUGUAAUCAGGUAGGAAAAAGUAUAAAAAAUAAAAGAGAAUCGAAAUGAAUAAUUUCUUCAUUUUAUCUAUCUUCUUGUUUCCUUAAUGAUUUGUCAUAUAUUUGAUAAUUUGGGAUUUGUUGUAAUAUUUAAUAUUGGGUUUAUAUUUCUCUGUGUGUGUGUGUGGACAGUUUUGUGAAACGUGCGUGCAAUGUUUUAGGCGCACCUGGUGAUUACUGCCACUUGUGAAAUUAGUUCUAUUUAUAAUUUAUUAAAACAAUAAUUGAUAUUGAAUUAUACUCUUUCUUCAUUUGAGUAAAGUAAAGAGAACAUAUCUAGUUAUUACAUAGGUGAAUUUAGUCUACAAAAAGUUACUUUGUAUUUCUGGUAUAUUUUCUGUUGUUGUAAAUAAUAUUUUUUGUUGUUGCAAUCUAUCAAUAUUUACUGAAGUAUGCUCAUUCAGAAUUCCUUAUGGUUGUUUAUAUUCACUAUAUAACCAUUAUACACACGGUAAAUUGAAAACGUUUAAGUAGUUGUAUACGAAAAAAAAGAGAUAAGUCAGUUUCACAUACUGACUGAAAAUAUACUGCAUUCUAUUGAUCAUCUCUCCAAAAGUGCCUUGAGUUUUUUUUCUUACAAACAGUUUUAAAAUAUCUACUUCACAUGUUUGUUAUGUGAGAGAUAUAACGGGAUGUUUACAAAACUUUCCUACUGUAAUACUACUGGUCUAAAAUGCUUAGUGUUUUCUACUGUGGUUAUUUUGAUUGUAAUGAUGAUUAGUUGUUAUUCAUUAGGUAAUCAGACAUAUGAUCCUUGUUGUAUUCAUUUCUUUUCUUUAUUUUCCUCUAAACAUUCAUAUUUUCGUUUCUUUUUUUAAAAAACUGAUUUUGUGUGUGUGUUUUUUAAAAAAAAUUUAUGGACACGAAAAGCAACUGGAACUAAUUUGUCUGAGGACUUUAUCACUUUUCUCCCUGUCUUUAUUUACCUUUACGUUAAAUUAUUUGUGGAUAGGCUUAGAUAUGUAUCCUUUUUUAUUCUUCCACUUCGUUUUUUAUUCGUUACAUUCUUUUGUUCGUAUAUUUUUACACUUACUAGAACAUUGAUAAAUUGUACGUGUUAUAGCUGAGAAGGUUAAUCAUAAUUAAAUUAACUUUUGCGCUAUAGUUUAGUAAUGACUGAAAAGUUCUAGUGUGAUGUAUGCUUCUCUUUAUAUCCUUCAAUUUCUUUUUCGUACUCUAUGUUUGUGAAAUCAGUAAAUUUUGUAACAAAUUUGUUUUUUUUUUUUUGCUGAAUGAAAUAAUUUAUUAUUUUACGC